AUGGCUGAUGCAACCGACGAAGUUUUCGUGGAAGACGACGACACAUUGUUGUCUCUGGUGGAAAAAGCAGAGUCUGACGCUCUCUCACGCAAGCGUAAAAAGAUGGAGGGACAACCCUCCUUGCAGCAACUGUCAACCACUUCCACACCUCUUUGCAGCAUAUCACAAGGGACUGAAAAUCCGUCUAUAGCCGGAAACGUGGUACCCACAGGUGGCGCAGCUGGUGGCAGCGGUAGCGGCAGCGGCCCCUGCUUUAAAUGCGGCAAAUUGGGUCACUGGGCCCGCGAUUGUGAUGCCCUAGAUGGAGGUGGUGGUUGUGGUAGUGUAGGAGGAGCAGAGCGUGAGAAUAGUGAUCCUUCUGUGGUGGAGAAGCCGUGUGCAUGUGGAUUGGGCACUUGUUUGGUUCUCACUGCCAACACAGAGAAAAAUCGUGGUCGCAAAUUCUACAAAUGUCCCGUUCGAGAGGAAAAUGGAGGGUGUGGUUUUUUUGAAUGGUGUGACAACUCCUUGAAAACUUCAGUUUCCAAUGGAGCUCAAAUUAAACCGACAAAUUCUUCAUUCCCAAAUCUUCAAUGUCCAUGUGGUGCAGGACGUUGCUUAAUUUUGACAGUGAAGACAGAAAAACACCCAGGGAAGCAGUUCUACCGUUGUCCUUUCAACCAGGUAUGUUGUGUGUAUAUGUGUGUGUGCAUGCUUUCAUGCAAGGAUGACAAGAUGAGGUUUAUGUAUAUAACGGCUGAUGGGAAGCAAAAUAUUGUGAAGUAUGGGGACAGGGAAGGAAGCGGUGUCAAGGGGUGGGGGUUGGCUUGGAAGGAGAGUGCUGGAGUUGCGGAGAAGGGAGGUGGGCAGCGGAAGUGGAGGGUGUUGGAGUUGCAGAGAAGGGCAGUGGAGGCUACUGGGUAUUGGAGUUGUGGCUGGAAUAUAUGCGUGAAAGAGAUGGACAGUAGUGGUGACAGAGAAAGGAAGGGAGAUGGUGGAGAUGAGAGGUUUUAA